AGCGCCAUCGCCAACAACAUUAACAACAACAACAUCGGCCAAAGCAACACUGACAUUGGCGCCACUCAGUCAGUCACCCAUUCAGGCAGGCAGUUAGGCAGGCAGUUAGGCAGGCAGGCAGGCCAAGCAGCAGAGUCAGUCGGAUAAAGGACGAGUCGCCAAAACGGCCGUGCAACCAACCAGCAUGUGGUUUUCCACUCUGCUGCUCUCAUAUUUAUUCCAUGCAACGCCUCUGCUGCUCCUCCUCCACCUCUUGCUGCUGCCCCAAAACUGAAUACUGCUUGCCAUGGAUAUUAAAGUGACAGCGCGUUUCUGCGAAGGCGGCCACAUAUGUUCCUUGCCACGUGAAUGUUGCACUCAAGGCUGCUGUCCGCCAUACCAGGGUGGACCCCGCCAAUUGCCGCCGCCAUCGGAGCAUGUCCUGAAUCUGUUCUUCAUUAGUCACUGGUUUUUUUGGUGUGUUGUGGUUGCCAUCAUUCUGGCCAUACUCUGCGCCUACUCGCUAUGGAAGAAACGACGCACGCUUUGCGGCUGGGGCUUCACGGAGCAUCAUACGCAAUCGGAGGGUGAUUCCGCUGGUUCCUGUUAUGCACCACCCCAAUACAGUCGCUGCAACUCGUUCCAUCAUCCCCCACCGCCGUACACAGAGGUGACCUCGAAGCCAGACCUCUACCCACUCGUAUUCACCUGCAACAGUGACAAUGGCAAGGGCAAUGGCUCCAGCUACCUCAUGGUGCAAUACUUCCGUAACUAUAUUGUGCGGCCGGCGGGUUCGCUGUCGGCGGCCAGCACUGUGGACUCGCUCAGCUCCAGCUUCAUUUGCAAUGCGAAUGAGGCCAACACGCUGGUACCACCGCCGUAUUCGCGUGCGGCCAGCCCCGACAUGGCGAUGCACUACACGAUGCGGGGUCAGCAGCCGACGAACUCUUUGGGCCAUGGCGCCUCGCAAUACACGCUGCCACGCUCCGCCUCGCAAUUGGUCUGCCACAAUCCGGCAGUAGCCGUGGCAGCGGCCCCCACAGCUGCUGGAACGGCGGCAACGGCCACCUAUCAGCCACGACAGGCACACUACGCGGCCGUCACGCUGCAGGGCAACGCACAUUACAGCACACGGAUGCACAACUCGGAGAGUGGACACUUUUCGCCGGACGAGUCGGGUGGCGAAAGCAGUCGCAGCGGGAGCGCCAGCACCAGUCAGAAUGGACGGCCGCCCGGCCCGCCGGGAACCGGUUUCCUGCAAUCCCAGAGCGAUCAACACUUCCGCUAUAUGGGCAAUAGCAGCAGCAGCAUCAGUGAUAUUUUCGUGAACAAUAGCUGUGCGGCCGGCCUGGGAUUUGGCCUAGGAUCCCAAGGUGCGGUGGAGGGUAGCGAUGCGGCCAUAGCCACAGAUGUCGCCUCACUCUCCAGCCUGGCAGUGGCCGCCGGCGGCACACCAGUGAUCUACAGCAAUGGUUGCAUAAAACCCAAUCCCUUGCAUCGCGUGCACACCAAUCCCACGCACUUCAAGACCGAGCUGGCGGCGGGCAGCGAGCAGGUCUAUAACUCCUGCAGCUCCAUGUCAGCCGAACCCAAUGGCUCGGCGAGCGGAGAGUUUCGCGACCUUCACUUACUCCGGCGCAGUCUGGAGACCUGCUGCCAAUUGCUGCAACAACAGCAGCAGCAGCAGCAACAACAACAACAACAGCCCACGGUUAUGGCACAGACGAGCACAGCGGGGGCCAGCUAUAUGACAACAUCUGGCACAGGGUCUGGCGUCAGCAGCUUGGCCAACAUAGGUACCCCUGGGUCGCCACCCCAGGCGACGAGUCCAACGGGGGAGGUGCGCGAAAUUCUCGAUCAGAUACGUCAAUUGCAGGCGGGCGUGAGCUAUGAAGAGCUGCUCAUCAGAACGGGUAGCACCACUGGCGGUGGUGUAGGCGGUGGUGCUGCCAGCAAGCCCCGAUUACAUCACACCCUAUCCACACCCGGCUCAAGCAGUCUCAGCAAAUUGCCCGCAGAGCAGUCGCAACGCACAAUGUUGGAGGCGUCGUCGUUCAACCGACGACCCUCAACCCUGCAACAAGAACAACAACAAACACAGGCUGUGAACAUGUCAGCACGCACGACCAUGCCCACAUUUGCGCCCAUUGCCGCACCCGCACCCGCCCCCGCACCACCAGCACCCACGCAAAGCAAAACGAAAAAGUUCUAUACGCCCAAGCCGAACAAAGCGCUCUACAUGCCCAUGGUGAGUGGUUGCGGUGGUGCGAGUGGUGCUGGUAGUAGCGGUAUUAGCGGCAGCACCGGUGCCACCCUGGCCAGCUGCAUGCUCAAGAGCCCCGUGAGCAGCGUCGUGAGUGGCGCCAACUUCUUCACGAAUCGUGGCCGCUCACGCAAGGGUUGGAUCUCGCGUUCGGCACCCACCACCCCCGGCACCGGUCUGCCCCCCAGUCUGGGUCUCAGCGAUGACAGUCCCCUGCUGAACGAACACGACGAAGAUGCGGAGGGGGAGCAGAAUGCGGAGCUGGAUUAAUAACUUCCACGCCAUCGUCGUUGCAAUGCAUUAAGGGCCAACUCCAGGCAGCAGUAGUAUUUGACCCGAAAAUUCCAACAUUGUGCACCCCAAGUAGCCCCAAAAGUAAAAGUAAUCUGCAUUACUUUCUUUUCUGGUUCGAUUUAACGAAGAAAAUAAUUUAAUAGAAGUCAAAUAUACUUACGAGUAUGUACUUGUAGAUUAUUUAAAUCGUGCUCGAAAACACUUUUCGAGUAUUUUUCAAUUUUGCAGAAG